AUGGUCCCCCCAGGUGCCGUCCCCCCCAAUAAAGAAGCGGCGUGUUCCCAAGGAGGAAGCACGGCGCGGGGGGGUGAUGAUGCCACCAUCCCCACGGCAGUGUGCGGGCUGUGCCAGCGGGCAGACGGCGACCCCGAGGUCUUUGGGCAGACAUGCCAGCAGGACGGGCUAUGCAUCCACGAGAACUGCCUGUACCACGCCAGCGGGCUGAGCCAGCGAGGGGCUGAUGGAGAGGGUUUCUACGGCUUCCUCCUCCCCGAUAUCCACAAGGAGCUGCAGCGGGUGGCACAGAAGACGUGCUGCAUCUGCCAUCAGCGGGGCGCCUCGGUCACCUGCCAGGUCCAGAGAUGUCCCCGAAACUUCCACUUCCCCUGCGGCAUCGAGCGGGGCUGCGUCUCCCAGUUUUUCGGGGAGUUCAAGUCCUUUUGCUGGCAGCACCGGCCGGCACAGUGGCUGCGAGUGCCACAGCAGGGCCACAGCACGUGUGUCAUCUGCCUGGAGGCGGUGGCGAGGCGGCCCCGCUACGACACCCUGGUCUGUCCCACCUGCACCAGCGCCUGGUUCCACCGCCGCUGCAUCCAGGGCCAGGCGCUGAGCUCGGCCCUGCACCAUUUCCGCUGCCCGCUCUGCCAGGACAUGCAGACCUUCCAGGAGGAGAUGUUUCGCCUGGGCAUCAAAAUCCCCGACAGGGACGCCGCCUGGGAGGAGGACGGGGCUUUUGAGGAGCAUUACCAGCGGCACAGCUCCUGCGACGCCAGCCAGUGCCUGUGCCCGGUGGGACGGGAGCAGUCAGAAGACACUGGGUGA